AUGUCGAACACAACAAUGUCCCCUGAAGUUGGCCGCAAAGCUGUCAUGGACGAGCUUCUUGCGAGCGGCUUCGGUACUGCAGACUACGUGGCACAAUUUGAAGAAUAUAUGAAAGUGUACGAUCCUCGCGCUGUGCCUGUCCUCUUGGGAGUCAUCGCCAACAUGGUCGAGAUAGAAAAGCGGAAUUUGCCACAACUGGUUCACGAUAGCCCUCCUGAUGGGGUUGAGUUGUUUUACCACGACUUUCCGGAGAGCGACAUUCGUCUUCUAUAUCAUCAAAUGCAUUCCCUGACGAUACCCUGCCCAUGGCAAUACUACGUCCGUGACAGCCAGUCCCAGCCCCUCCAAGACAAACCCAUCGUCGAAGGAUACGACCCUGAUGAAGAUGAAUGGCACGUUGUGACCGUGUACGUUGCGCGGCCCGGCGAUAUCCUUCGCAUCAACGGAAAAUACACAAUCCGGCUGCCCUUUGGUCCAGAGGAGCCUAACGGUGUGCUCCGACGGUUGUCCUCAGCUUAG